AUGUCUUCUGCUUUUAUCGAUGUAAGCACUCACAAUCUUUUGAAUUCAAGCAACACCAUCAAUGAAGAAGAAGAAGAGCAACAAGAUCAACAGCAACACUUGGGCCAAGAUUUGGCAUCUGACUUGAGAAAUUGCAGCAUUUCAUCCGCUGGUAGUAUUGACAUUGAUGGUCAGCCCGUCAGUUCUGAUAUUCUUGUUGCUCUCCUGGACAGACCCAGCGAAAUGAGAGGUUUGGCUGUUUGCAACGCUCAAUUCUAUGAAGCUCUUGAGCACUAUAUUACAGAAACCCAAGGUAAAGAUGCCUGGCAGCGCUUUCAAGAUGUUGUGUAUAAACCUCGUGAUAAGCUGCCUGACCGCCCGUGGAUGAAUCAAAUCAGUCAAUUCUUGGCUUACAAUCCUGUGUUUCUGACCAAAUUCAAGGAAAGCGUUGGCUAUGAAGACGAUGAAGUAUCAGUCUCUACACUAGAUUACACAACCAGUACAUUACCGACAUCAUUUGUACCACCACGCAAACUGACUUCCUCUCAAAGCACUGGUUCAAUCAACACAAUAGGCAGCAACCAUAACGGCGGAGGCGGAGGCGGACGCCGUAGAAGCCGAAGACUAUCAAGCAUGAGUCUAGGGGCUGCUCCGGAUUACAAUGACCAAGAUAGCAUUUUUUUUGAAGAUGCACCAAAGGUCACUGAAGAGAUGUUUGCCACUGAGGAUCAGUUCUAUCAUCAAUACCAACAACAAAAACGCGCCCGCUGGUGGUUUCAAUGGCGGAAGAAGACUCGAAGCUCAGGAAUCAGGCCAAAGAGCGAUCAUCUAGGGGACUUGCUGGAUAGCGAGGAUGACGAGCAAGAAGAGGGCCUAGAUACAAACCAUCUGAGAAACACAAAUGACAGAAUCAAAGACAUUGGAGCAGGCUCUUCAACCCCAACAGGCAGGGGUCGUAGCUCGCGCAAUUACUGUGAUAUGGAUUUGAUCAAGCUGCGAGAAGACCCUGAUUUCCAAACAAGAUUACCGCAGACUCAUGCUAGUUACUUUCGCAAAGCACAGCACUUGCUGUCCAUCGCACCAUCCUCGCGUCGCCUCACAGCUACCGUAAGACGCAACUCUAUCCUGGAAGAUGCUAUGCCACCUAGUCCAGUGACUGAAUUGGAUGAACCUCGCUUUCAGACCUGCUCCGAGAUGGAUGAAGAGGAUGAGGAUGGCAACAAUCUGGCUCGACUCAUUUGCACUACUCGCAGACAGCAGCCUGAUGACAUUGCUUGGUUAAACAGCGUCAUGGAGGCUCUGGCUGGAUGGCCUGAAUUGGUUGAUCGUUUGCAUGACAUUGUACAGGAAUCCCUGGAGGAUAAUAGCAAGUGA